AAGAAGAAGAAGGAGAAGAAGAAGCGCUUACUGAUGACGCCAUCAAGAGGCGACCUAAACAAACCUUCCCCUGGUAGAGAGCUGUUGUGGUUGUGAACCAUGUCUGGUGAUUCUUUAAGAUAAACGCAGUACUCUGAGGGUGACAAUGAUUUCAGUGAGUUACAUCCUGCUGUGCGGACAGUUCCUGCUCCUCCUGACGGUCAUUCUGUUACAAAGUCUGGAUGGGAUUCACUCUCAAAACUCAACGACGAUGGAGACUCCCUCCACGUCCUCCGGUCAGGGAGCGACAGCAGCCCCGUUCAGCGAGCAGCCAGCAGAGACCGUGAAGUACGAGUUACCUGCUGACAGUGUGAAUAACACAGAGAGCUACGAGUACAGACCUCCAUCACCUGUCGUCCUCUGCAGCUACCUACCUGAGGAGUUCAUCUUCUGCCAAGACCCAGUGGACCAUGCAGGGAACAACAGUGCGUACUUGGAGAUGGGCCAUGGUUGUGUUGGGUGGGGCGGCCAGACUCAGAAAGAGGUGAACCACACACCCGUCAUCUGCACCGCUCUGGAUGACAUAGAGUGUGCCGGACCCCGAGAGUUCCUCAGAGGAAACGUACCGUGCAUCAAAUACACAGGACACUACUUCAUCACCACGCUGCUGUACUCCUUCUUCCUCGGCUGCUUCGGGGUGGAUCGGUUCUGCCUGGGCCACACUGGCACCGCCGUUGGGAAGCUACUGACCUUAGGCGGUCUGGGAAUCUGGUGGUUUGUUGACCUGAUCCUGCUCAUCACCGGCGGCCUGAUGCCCAGCGAUUACAGCAACUGGUGCACCUACUACUGACCGACUGUGGAAGCAUUAGUUAGACGUGGAGGGACAUGAGGGAUGUGGUCUGGUCCUGGUCCUAUGACCGUGCAUUACAACGCUAGCUGUUUACUGAUUUCCCCAGGAGGAUGGUCAUGACAUCAUACCUCGCCGUGGUGUCAUCUAAAGUAACUUCAUCAUCCAGUUAGACCGUUUGAGAAGUGCCAACAGAAAGAGGUUUGUGGUGCCUUUUAGGCCGGGCUCGGUCUACACAAGUCUCUGACUGAUAUAAGCCUGACACCCCGGUCCUCAUGACCCUGGUUGGUUCCAACGUUAAGCCCAGUUUUCAGUAAUCUUAGAGCUUUUAGGAUCCAGUUUCAAUCACCAUAAAACUUGAUGUGUGUUUCAUUCAGUACUUCAUUUGUACAAAUCCAGGUCUUAAGAAUGAGCUCUUGAGCUGGUGAGUUAAUUAUCUAAAUAAAUAUCUGAGUAAAUACUGGAGCCUGACUGAUGUACAUGUGUACUGUGGGCUCAGCGAUGUAGGUGUCGGGCAUUGUUCUCCAUGUUUUCUGGAGCAACAGUUCCAGUUGUUAUUUAACAUUUCGUUCAUUCAGCCACGUCUUCUCAAAUCCAGAAUAUUGCACCAAGAAUCCCAGAAAUGAUCUUGAAGAUACUCUACAGUUUCCUGAGGGCAGCAUCCCACACCCACUCCUGACAGCUGACCUCAUUCAGACUCCCAAACAGCCCUGCUCUGCCUCUCUGCUGCUUUCAUGUGUUCCUGCUCUGGCUGAUAUACGACACAGCCUCAAGCAGAAAAGUCAAGACGGACAGUAUUCACACAAGUCACCAAACGUUCAGAGGGAGCAGCAAGUCUUCACCCCCCAUUUCACCGGGCUGAAGGUGUACGUGCUCUCUCACGGAUGGAGCAGGUUUCUUUACCCCAGGAUGCAGAAAGCCUUUUGAGAUCAUACAAAGUUGAAUGUGAAGUGUUAAGAUCCUGCCGUUCAAACAGCACGUUCCAGAUAUCAUAUCCCGUCUCUCACGUCUGUUUGUUUUUUCCCCUUUUAUCAGACUGUUUCUCCAUUUCACACUCAAAUCUAAACCCAGCUGAAUAUACAUGCAUACUGAUGUGUCCUGGUCUUGUAAUAUAAUGUAAAUAAUAUUGAUCUUCCUAAAGGAAGCUAGAAAAGUGUCCAUGUUUUUAUUUAUGGUUCAGUCUCCUUCACUAUUUAUUUCCAGUCCAUGUCCUGAUCCUGUUUCUGGUUCUGGUGGCCCCCCCUCACAAACUGUGUCCCCUGUUGAAGAGAUGAGCUGAUGAUGAAAACAGAGCCAUUGUAGAUCUCUCCUUUUGUCUUAAAACCCGCUCCCCCUUUAGUGAACUUGAGGAGCAGUCCAAAGUGUCUUAUGUUCUUUUUUCACCAUGUACAGCUGUGAUGACUUUAAUAAAAGCAUCUGAUGAA